AUGGUGGGGAGCCGUUACUACCCUCAGGUCUGCCGAGAGGGGUGGAGUUGGAGCCUGGAACAGGGACCUCUAGAUGAGAGCCAGAGCCAGAGACACAGUGAAGCCAAGAGGUUACCUUUUGUUUCUUCCGCCAGAAACAUUUCUCUCAAGUGCAUGCAAGACACUGAGGAAUUCCUUUCUGAUCUGAAUUCAGUGAAGCCCAAAGAAUACGCUCUAAGAAUGUAUGACUCCGUCGGGAAGCUUGGGAGCAACAUUCUUAAUGGAAACGUGGACAGGCUGGGAUCUUACAGUGAGUGCCUCUCCACCCACCCGCCCUCAGGGAGCUUUCAGGGGCAGUACUGCAAGCUUCACGUCCUGCAGGAUGGAGCCGACUACAGUGUGGGCGUGUGUGUCCCUGAUUCUUGUGCCGAAGAGGAUGUGACUGCGCUGUCUCGGCUGGAUGUUUUAAGAUUCAGAAAUGCUUCGUUUUUGGCCCCUUCUCUCUCUCUCUUUACUAUAAAUUCUUCCUCCUCGUCUAGUGGGGUUAUAGCCAGAUGUGCUGCUGGAAUGUUUCCCCUCGACACGUUUGUUGCCGUGUGUCUGUUCCUCACCUUGCUGGGCCUUGCCCUUCCUCUGGCUGGAACUGUCUACGUGGCAGCCAGAGGGUGGGGGUCAGACCCCAGAGCAUCACCCGCACCUGGGGCACAUUCGGCCAGUUAUGGGAGUAUGCCUUUGAGAGAGACGAAGAGGAGCGAACAAGGAGAUGGAAUCCAGUGGACAGACUGCCCGGCCCAUCUCUCACUGUCAGGAGCCCCGAGCAGAGGAAAAAGAUUUCUAGGAGCCGUGGACCGUGCUCUGAGAUGCUUUUCUUGGCAGAAGAACGUGCCGGCCAUCUGGACUACAAGGAUGCCAGGAGGCACAUGCUCGGCACUGAAUGGCAUCCGAGUCUUGAGUCUCCUCUGGAUCAUGUCGGGGCACACGAGUCAGAUGACCGCGUGGCUGUCUCUGGAUAAUGUGCUUGAAUGGAAAACCAGAGUGCUCAAAAACCCACUGUACCUUUAUUCCCGGAGUGGCCCUUUCUAUCUGGGGGUUGACACAUUUUUCCUGAUCAGCGGCUGGUUAAGUGCGAGGUCAUUUUUAAAGAUGCAGCAGAAUUCAGACAAGGGAAUAACUGCUAAUGUCAUACUCAGAUACUAUUUCAAUCGCCUUACAAGGUUGCAGCCUCUUCACUUGUAUUCCGUGUGCCUCUUGGUUGGAUUGUUCUCCCUUGUUCCUUGGGGACCCGUCUGGGAAGUGCCCAAGUUCCACCUGGAUAACUGCCGGCAAGCGUGGUGGACAAAUUUGCUGCUGCUAAAUAAUUUCCUGUCGGUUCAGAAUGCGUGCAACGGCUGGACGUGGUACCUCGCCAGUGACUUUCAGUUCCAUCUCACGACACCAGCGAUCAUCUUCAUCUACGGAAAAAGUAAACAUGUCCUCGUCCUCCUCGGGGCCGUGCUGUUCUUGGCGUCCUUCACCGCCACUGCUCUGCUCACACUGGCUUAUGACCUUCCGGUGGCAGCUCCGUCAGAAGCAAGUGAAAAUGUGGCUGUGUUAUAUUUCUUGGAGUACUACUCUAAGCCCUACUGCCGAUGUGGGCCAUUCCUCGUGGGCCUCUUUCUGAGCAUUUUCAUGCACCAAAAUCGCCAGGCAAACAUUCUCAAGACCAAGGUGCAGGCUCUGCUGGGGUGGAUUUGCUCCCUGUCAACCCUGUUCGCAGUGGUUGCUCUGGCGUACACAGUGGACGACACCUCGGCCACCUCUUCAGCUGCCACUGCUGCCUACCAGGCACUCCACCGGACCCUGUGGGCGGCAGCUGUGGCCUGGGUCGUAUUUGCUUGUCAGGAAGGCUAUGGAGGUCUGGUAAACCAGCUGCUUUCUUGCAAUGUCUGGAGUUUCCUGGCUGGCAUCAGUUACGCUUGCUACCUGGUGCACCCCAUCAUCAUCAUCCUCUACAACGGACUUCAGGAAACGCUUAUUCACUACACCGACACCAACAUGUUCUAUCUUUUCUCUGGACACUGUUUGCUGACCUUCAUCGCUGGGCUGGCCCUGACGCUGUUCAUUGAGAAACCAUGUCAGGAACUGAAGGGGUGCCUUCUGGGAUCGACGCCUGUGGGGCCAUGA